AUGGAUAUUUACCACUUAAAAACUAUGGCUGCCAGUUCUACUGCCAUAGCGGCUCGCCUUUUCCGCUCCCAGCGCUAUAUGGUGCUUCUUGUAGUCACUGUGUUUGUGUCUUUGCUCAUCAUUACCUCCAUCUCAGCUCAUGAAUACGUCAACGUGAGUGCUCUUCCUGAUAAGGUGAACGACUAUUACCAGUCUGUUAAGGGUGCCAGUGGUAGCGUGACCAACUCGUUCCUGGAUCUCUUCUCUGGAACCUCGGCUGAAGAUGAUUCAGACGCCGAUGUGGAGGAUCUGGGAGAUGGUGUCGCAGAUUAUGCCAAUGCAGAGAAUGAAUGGGAUGGUCUUCCAGGUGACUCUAAGGAUGAGUCUAACGAAAAUUCUAAUGAAGAUUCUAACGGAGAGCUUGGUGAAUCCCAAGAAGAAUCCAAAGGGGAAUCGAACGAGGAAUCCCAAGAAGAAUCCAAAGAAGACACCACUGGAGAAUCGAAGGAGGAAUCCACCGAAGAAUCUAAAGAAGACUCCACAGAAGAAUCUAAAGAAAAGUCCACUGAAGAAUCUAAAGACGAAUCUGAAGAGAAAGAGAAAUCUAAGGACAAGUCUAAACAAAAACCUGAUUCUGAUUUUAAAGUUUCCUUGGAGGAAACCGACUCUGGAGAUAAGGAAAACACAGAUGACGUUGUCAAGGACCCUGAGGCCAAAGGCGGGAAGGAAAAGCCUAACUCUGAGGUGUCUGAUGAAGAGAACAAAGGAAAUGAGGAAGCUCAAGAAAACAAGGCAGAGGAAAACGAGGAAUCUGAAGUUAAUGCUGAUGAAGAUGCAAAGUUGGAGGACGAAAAUCCCGGUUUCGAUCUCGACGCAUGA